AUGGAUAAGUACCUUUCGAACGAGGUGCCGCCCAUCCCAAUGAUACCAGACAAGAAGUACCGCCGCGAGAGUGCCUCAGUGGUGGACGAGUUCUUCUCCACAGAGAAGCCCACUUCUACGCCGUACAGCGUGAACAUCAACGUGAUUCUGCCAGACACGACGCACCUGCGCACUGGACUUUACCGGCCGCCCAAACCCAUGACGCCAUUCCCGCAGAUCAAAACAGAGCCCGGCACCAGCUUCGCCCAGCCCUGCUCUUCCGCCUCCGGCUCCACGCAGACCCUGCCCGACUUCACCAGUGUCUUCAGCAUGCCCCAGUCAGUGGCAGUGAACAACAUCUUCAUCAAGCAGGAGAUGCCCUCCGAGAUCCCCUUAUCCACCAACCCACAGCAGUCCCAUCUUUACCAGAUGCCUCUGGGCAACGGAAGCGCUGACAUUACCACUCUGACAUCGUCCUCCAGCAACACCACAGCCAUCAACAGUCUCAGCGGUGUCACCAUGUCCACGGGUAACACCAUGUCCAGUGUGGUACACAGGCCUGUCCAUCCAGGAGGGCCAGUUAAGCAGUACCCACACAUCUCCCAGGGACAGGGAAACUUCAACAUCUCGGGGCAGUUCUACACCGUUCCAGGGGUGAACCUGCCUCCUUCACCCCCCAACUCACAGCCUGGCAGCCCAGAAAAUCAACCCGAGCUCAUCAACACCAUCUCUCCCCCACCAUCCUACGAAGCCACUUUUGGACUGAAGUUGGUCCAGUCAUCCCAGGUCCCCCCAGGCCCAAAUGGCCUUGGGACCCUCUCCCAGGGGCACAUUGUCAUGCAGCCCCCCAAAUACAACAGACGCAACAACCCUGAGCUGGAGAAAAGGAGAAUCCAUCACUGCAAUUACCCAGGUUGCUCAAAAGUUUAUACCAAGAGCUCCCACCUGAAGGCACACCAGAGGACCCACACAGGCGAGAAGCCCUAUAAGUGCACGUGGGAAGGCUGCGACUGGCGCUUUGCCCGCUCCGACGAGCUGACCCGGCACUAUCGGAAGCACACGGGUGCCAAGCCCUUCAAGUGCCUCGCCUGCGGCCGGUGCUUCUCCCGCUCCGACCAUCUGGCUCUCCACAUGAAGCGGCACCAGAACUAG